UGGGACAGCUGUCCGCUGAAGAAAUAAUAAACCAGGCUAAGCUAGCAGGACGGGCAGGGAGUUAGCGGAGCAGACAGAGCGGCCAAACAGUGAAUGUAAACUCGGGAGGACAGCGGGCACAGGACAGCAGCGACUCUUUCACAUCCAGCUAUGAGAGCUUUGAGUGUCGCAGGCAGCUAACGAUAGCACCGCCCGUCCCGACUGACAGGGAUUUGAUCUGUAUGGCAAAACGGGAGCGACGAUAAAUAAAAGGGGAAAGGGUUAGCUCGGUUUCAAUGUUAUUGUUAAUUAAAAUCACAUUUUCUCACAAUGUCCUACUCUGGAAACCUGGUUUGGGAUGUAAAUAAACGCUUAAUAGGAUACAACGAGCCUAACACCAUCAGGACCAACUACUUAGGUAAGAACAAACAAGCCUCUUAAUGCUAACUGGGGAGGACAGAGGGAAACAUGUAGUGUUUUGACAUUGUCUCUGCAGACUCAAUGUGUGUGUGUGCGUGUGUUUGUGCUGACAGCUACACCCAACAUGACUGUGAUCCAAGCCCUCACUCUGUCUGCCCUGUUAGAGUUCCUCUGUUCAGUCAGGACCGUCCAGAGUAAACACACUAAAGCUCCCACCUGUGUGUGUCUCAUUCAGCAGCAUCCUCUUCCACUAAAGCCCCCCCGCUGAAGCACAGCACAGAUAGGAUUAAAGGUUAUGUGUAACGAUAAUCCUUCAUAGGACAGCUCUCUUUGAGGCUACAGCAUGAACAUCUUUAUCUCUUUAUUCACAUGGUUACACAUUCAGCCAUAGAUGGUGUAGAAAGUAGAAAGGCAAUCAGCAAAGAGCUUCAUCAUCAUCACCUUCAUCUGAGCUCUGCAGGAUAGCCUUGAACUGGCAAAUACACUGCACAGACAUAACACUUGGGCAAUGCAAUCCAAUACAACAGCUCUACCAUGAUUUUGCACUUAUGAAGCGUGUGUUGGCAUGGUCAGGGAAUAAUAAUUCUCUAAUGUAAAUGCUGGAGUUGUUCUGGAUGUUUGUCAUGUGCUGGAGGGCGUUCAGUAUGUUCAUUAAUGAGGUGGAAAAACUACAAGGAAUGCCUUUUAAUAAAGUACCACCACCCACUUUGUCUUCAAUAACAAAUUUAGUCUACAUCACACUCCAGGGCCAGGGGCCAAAUCUGGCCCACGGGAUCAUAUCAUAUUUGUAUUAUUAGUGGCCCACCAGUAUGAGGUCUGCAGAUUUCCUCCAGGAAAUUAUUUAAAAUAUUCUUAAUAAACCAUGAAAAUCUGGGAAAGUAAAGAGUAAGGAAGAUUUGAUAAAUAGUCAAGAAUGUGGGGGAAAAAUGUGUUUUAUCCUUAUUUCCAAUUUUGCAUCUCAAGAUUUUAUUUUGAGCUUCGUUUUUUUUCAACUCAGUAUUUAGACUUUUGUCAUUUAAUCCUUUAGAUUCCAAUUUUAAGUCAUAUUUUGACUUUAAACUCUUGAUUUCAAAUUGAUCUCAUAUUUUAACCUUUCAAACUUAUGAUUUCAAAUUACUCCUCUUGUAAUUGCUCUUUAAAAGCGUUACUUGCCUAUAGAUUGCCUAUAAAUGUAUCUUUUUUACUUUUUGAAUUUCCAAGUGGUUUAUAAUCAUCGCUGAUUUUGUUAUAUUUUGAAAAGGAGGCUGACAGUUUGGGUUAAGUUGUUGACCCUGUUUGGCCCUCAGGUUAGACUUAAAUCCAGAUUAUGGCACUUGCUGUGGUUGAUUAUGACACCCCUGGUCUAUAUCAAUUACCUGUCUGACAAUGGCAACAAAAACUGACAACUCAUGUAUGGCAAAGCUGUUGUAUUCAAUUGCAUUACUCCACCCAGGUGUGUAUGAGGUUAAGUGAAAGGUUUGUGUGUAUGGACGUAAAUGUGAAUAUCUAAUGUGGAUUGCAUUGAUGCAAGCCCAGUGCUAUAUGGUGCGCUCAGGUUGGCAGGACUUUGCAGUUAAAAAUAUAAAUGAGUCAAAGUGCCAAAUGGCUAAUCUUCUAAAUGCAACCACAACAGAUUAUACAACUAUGUAAUAUUUAACACCAGGGGUGGGAGAAAGAAUCGAUUCAUAUAAGUAUCAGGAUUUUUUGUUUUGCAAUUUUCAAAUAGAUUUUUAUGUUCAAAAAAAAUUUAUUAUUUUUUUUUUCAAAUUUAAGAACAAAUCUUGAAAACUGACCUACAUGUGAUGUGUAUUUUUUUGGGGGAAAUAUGGUUACUGGAAUAGUCAGUAGACAAUCAUAAUCAUUCAACUGUUUCACUGGUGUUAAAAAUGCAAACUAAAAAUUGAGAAAAUCGACAAUAUCGUAGAAUCGCAAUUUAAAUUGAAUCGGCAUCCAAAAAAUUGUUGAAGAAUCGAAUUGGGAGAAAAGCAUAUCGUCCCAGCCUUAUUAUUUAAUAGUAUUAUAUGAGUAAUCAUGAAUCACCAUUGCUCGCAGAAAGGUAAGCCUGUAACUAAACUACUUUUAAGAUUUGCUUAUGUGGAAAUGCUGGAGUGUUUGCAACAUGAUGAAACUUUCAGAACAAUGCUCACAGUGGGAGUGUGCAUCAAUAUAUCUCUUGUGAUUUCAGAGGGAAGAAAUAUAAAGAACAGAUGCCCUUUCAUUGAGUAGGAAUAAACACUCUAUCCAUGUCAAACAUUAUGAGUGUAUUCCUUUUAAAAUCAAAACAACAGCAUAUGGGGUUUAAGAAGGCCAGUACUUUAGCCCUGUAUGUUUAAAAGAUUUGUAACAUGUAAAAGCAGUCAUCUCUUAUUGAAUAUGUUUGAAAAACCUGAAAACAACAUUUAUUACUCCUACGUUCAUGUUUUUAUUCCACUGUCUUAACCCUGGCAUUUGUCUUUAAACCUGUUUCCUUGAAAGUUUUACAGUCUUUGUAAAACUUGGCCAGUAUGAUUCAAAAGAAUUUUUUUUUCUGUUCAUGUAACAUCGCUGGUGAUGUUAAGAUUAACUAAGAUGACACUAAACGGCCAACUAGUAAACAUGGGGCAACCUCAAGGUCCUAUGCUGACAUAGAGAGGUUCAAAAUAAUCAAAAUUCAAUGUUAUAUCCUGAUAAUCAAAACCCAGGAACUACACUGUUUCAAUUUUUUUUUCAGAACAAGGAUUUAAAAAAUGUAAAGAAAGGAAAAAAUAUAUCCACUAAGAUACAGUAAUACAUUUAAAAAAAAUCAUUCUUUCAAAAGUGGAUUUUGGAUCUACGUUGCUGUCAUCAAAGUAUCAGGAUCUGCAUGUUACCUGCAGUCAAAUGUUAAUAUUUAAUGCAGUCAGGUUUAAAAGAAGGUGCUUUUUUUGCCCAGCAGUCCUUCGACACCUGUCAACAAUUUCAAAUCAUAUAUCAUAUAUCAAAUCAUAUAUAUGUAUUUUUGGGGAAGAUUGAUAUAAAUGUAGUUAAUAAUUGUACUCAUACCAGUUUGGAGCCCUUCAGUUAAUUUAAAGCUCCUGUUAGGAACUUUAAGCCUAGUUACUUUGUCAGCGUGAUGUCAAUGGCACCUACCCCCCUCAAGAGCAUUUCAAGCGUUGACAAUAAAUUUAUAAAACAUAAGUUUUGGUUUAAAUUCUCUUGUUUUCUUUUGUAAAUUUUAGUCCACUUACCAAGCAUUUAUAAACUGCUCACUGGAGCUUUAAAUCAAAAUUAUUUCAUACAAGAAUAUUUGAUAUCAGAAACUGUCGUGUCAUGUUGCCCAUGUUGCACUGAGUUAAGUCGAUUAUUUUCAUACUUGUUACUUUUCUGUAGUGAUAGCUCUGAGUUUAAAUAUUUAUUUGAUUUGUUUUUGACAGAAACAUCUGAAAAAGAGCCGUUAUGGUUUGUGGAGCAGAGCGAGGACGGUUUAUUGGGUUCAGAGCCAGACACAGAGCUUUAUAAGAGCGGACUGCUGUCAGACAGUCAGUGCCUGACAGUGGUUGAAUGAAGAUUUAUUGGCCUGUUGAGGUGGGGCAGGUGCCACAGAGGUUUAGUCAGUGCUGUAUUUAGCCCGACUGAGAAAUGGCUGGAGCUGUGAUUGUGUACGUGUUGGGGAUACAUGCAGCAACGUGUGGAACAGGAUAUAUUUAGCCUGAAAAAGGGGGAUGGGAGCAACAAGUCGUGGUCUACUUUGAAUUCCGACACAGAUACUUCCGGAGAGGUUUGAGAAAAUUCAGCUUAAUUUAGGUUAUCAUUGAUAAAGUAGACAGUUUCUGAUGAGGAUGAGAGACUUCGAACUCUUAGAAGCAAGAUCAGGAGAGUUGAUUAGACCAGCAUCCUGACAAUAACAUGCUUAACAUGGCUGUGCACCACCUCAUAUAGAUACAGCCAGUGAUUAAAAAAGUUUUUGAUUUCUCUGUCAACCAUCAAUAAUCUUUGAGUCUUCACAUAUUGACUUUGGCCUGCUCAUCAAAAGCAGGAAUGUUCCAAAGCAAAAGAUUUCCUGGUCAUUUCAAUAUUUGUAUAACACUGAGAAAACAGUCAAAAAACAGGCUCUGUAAUCCCUGAUGAACACUGAUGAUGAUAAUACGUAGCAUUACCAGCUUUCUAUCAAGAAGGUCUAUACUAUUUCAGCCAGACACAACAUACAUCAAACUUUAUCGCCAUUUUCCAUUUUAAAAUACAACCAGACCUCAUUAUCUGCUAUCAGCUGGAGCUACAGCCCAGCCGAGUAGUGGAUGGCUUUGCUUAGGCUAAUGCAGUGGUUCUCAAGUCCAGACCUCGAGGCCCGCUGUCCUGCAUGUUUUGGAUGUUUCCCUGCUCCAACACACCUGAUUCAAAUGAUCAGCUCGUUAUCAAGCUCUGUAAUGGCUUAAUAACGAGCUGAUCAUUUGAAUCAGGUGUGUUGGAGCAGGGAAACAUCCAAAACAUGCAGGACAGUGGGCCUCGAGGACUGGACUUGAGAACCACUGGGCUAAUGCACAAUAUAUCCAUGCAAUUUUUGUACUUUUUAUGACAGACGACGAGCAAGAGAGAUGAUGUUUAAUUAUUAAACCAGUUAACUAAAUGUAACCAAAGUAUUGCCUGUAUAUAUCCAAUAUUUUCUGGUUCAGUCUCUUCUAGUUCCAUGGUGCUUAUGUCUAUUCUUUAUUUUAUGAUAACACUGCAGCUGUGUUUGGUUUACUGUUCAUCACAUUCAGUAUAACAUGGACUAACAUAAUUAAACAAAAGACAAUCAAAAUUAAAUGCUUCAUAUUUGGACGGUCUGCGCAGAAGAUGUUUGUACAGUUUCAUAUGUUACAUUGUUAGCUGGAGCUCCUGGGAAGGAUAUGACAACACUGAUGGUAAACAGCGCUGCAACGCAUAUAAAACCUGUCAGUGCAGGUUGAAGCUCUCAUUUGCAUAGACAGGAGCUGGAUUUCUCAAACUUCUCCGUAUGCAGCAGCACUUCCUGGACUUGAGAAGAGUCGAGGAAGUGCUGCAUUAUGAGUUAGUGUGUGUUUCUUUUAGGGGAGGUAAGAGUCGAAAAAUACACCCAAUGACUUUACGGGGAAAAGUGAGGACAAUUAAACGUCCUAACCACCAAGGACUUGUAUCUCAAUUUCAAAUUUAUUCUUAGAAAAAUUCAUCAUAAAUUUGUAACGUUAUUUAAAAUCAGUAAGUACUCCCACACACAUAAAACUAACUAUAAAAUCUAUGAAAGAAACAGGCAGCAAAAUAACCCCAUUGUUUUCUGAGUGUUUCAAAGCCCACCUCACGUUAGCUUUGGGUAGAUAAUUGCUCCUCCUCCGUUUCCCAUCAUGCAUUGUUGUCCACAGCACACUCAGAGAUGAAGUUUAUGACUGGUCUAGUUUGUUUAGAUUCAACCUUUUGCAGCAUUUACGCUCUACAACACAAAAACCCGGUCAGCGACAAAGCUCUCAGAAAUGUUUCGUCAUAUUUGAAACACUUAAAUCGUCAUUAUUUCACCUGUUUGUCUCAGAGUCUUUAUGUUGUCGUUUUUUUCUGUUCACAGGUAGAAGAGAGUUUGUCCAGAGGCUGAAACUUGAAGGGACACUGAAUGUACAUGAUGGCUGUGUAAGUUCCUCAAACUUCUAAAUAUUUGUUUUCUUUUAUUAGUUUUUGUCUCUGCAGGUAUGUUAAGGGCCCAGGAUUCCCAAUGACAAUGUUUCUACCUUCUUUCACAAACAAGUACCAAUAUUUUUUGAUUAUCAGACUCAAUAUGUUAUUAAUCCUCGUUCUAAGGAUAAAACCUUGAAAAUUUCUCUUUACUUUUGGUGAAGAACAUUUUGUCCUCUUCCAUUUUCCACUGCAGAGAUUUUCAGUUUAAAAAUAGAUGUAUCGUUUUUUCUUUCUCUUUUCUUUUCUGUUGUUUUUGUGCAUUUUUCUCCCACAACCUGUUAAUUUUUUGUGUUUUUUCCGCAUUUUUUGUUAUGCACCAAAGUAUCAAGUCAGGUUACUUAAAUCCACUGCAUCCCUCCUGAGACACUGAACCUGAUUUCUUCUCUGAAUCUAAACAAAAUAAGUCUUUAUUUCCUUUUUCCUUUUGCCACGCUGUUCCAUUUUUCCUCAGUCAGUCUGUGAGGUUUCAGUAUCUUACAUACAGCAGCUCUCUGACCUCAGGCCAGGCGGUUUAAUACCUCUGAGAAACCCGAAGCCGACACAACAGUCACACGUCCUGUCACACUAUCAGCCCACACCGGCCGUCACUUCAUCCAAAACACCAAAACAACAUCAGCAAACACUCCCAGAGGAGCUCCAGGUCUAUAUCUGCAGUCUUAACCAGACAUGCUGGGAGAUUUUGUGUUGUAAAUGUUUGAAACACACAAAGAUAUUCUUUGGUAACAUUAUGAACUAUAGGGAAUGUAACUUUACCAACAUAUUUAAGUAAUUAAACUAAUGUUUAUCUUUAACGACCCAGGAACAGUCCAUCUACAUCCUUCAGAUAUGAAGAUGUUCUGAUUUUUUCCCACUUCAUGUGAUCAUCAAGAUUUAAUAGUGUACUAAAGCAUCAUGCCAUGAAAAUGAAUAAAUAACUUUUGACUGUUUUUUAACACCGUUAGUUAAAUAUAUCAUGAUCGUAGUCUCCAAAACAAAGACAUGUUUUUGCUAAAAAAGUCAGUGGAGGAUGCAGCAUCACAACGAAUAAGAAGUUUUAAAGAAAGACAGGAACUAUUGCCUCUCUCUGCUAAAUCUAACAGUAGACAAAAAAUAAUUUUGUCUUUGCUUGAUAAGGGAAAAAUAGUCUGAUGAACAAUGUUGUAAAAAUUCUCAAUUUUAGAUCCCACAGGUAAAAUAAAUAAAUAAAUAAGAAUUACGCCUGCAAAUCCAGGCAGGUAAAAACAAAUAAAAAAGGAUGUCAAUUUUAAAGUUCUUGCUAUUCCUUUUUUUUUUAAACUUUGUUGUUUAAUUAGUUAUAAACUUGGUUUAAGUAUGAGGGUGAUGUAAAAGUGACCCAAACAUAACAACAGACACACCUCUGAAUGAUCCACACACGGUAAGAUGAAUGAACAGGAGCUGUAAUGUAGACAGUCAUUACACUGUCCGAGCAUUACACCGUGUAAGAGCCGAAGUUUCGCACAUUUUCUCUUAAACAAACCUCGACAAUGCCAACUACCAGUUGGUUCGUCUGAAUGUUGCAAAAUCAGUGAAAACAAGGAAGAAGCUGUAUCAUGCAAUAAGUAUAAAAACAUUUCCACAUGUGCUGGAGGAAGUUUUUACCAAAUCCUGGUCUCAUCAUGAAGUUUAUGAUUGUAUCAGGGCCGAUACUCGAUUGUUUCAUAGUCUUUCCUGUAGGUUUGACUCAGCUUAACGUCUGUCUCUAAAUCUUCCAUCCCACCUCAGACUCACAGACUCGGCUCAACUCAAACACGCAGUCGGAUCAAAUCUGAACCAGCUUCAGAUUAUACUCUGCUUCUCCAAAAUCAAAUCCAAACCUUUCAGUGCCUGAGCUUGGUUUACAGGAGGUUGAAAUGGAUAAAAGCUCCUAUAAUAUCGAUAACUGUUUCCCCAAUUGUUUUCUCUGCGCAGGUCAACACCAUUUCCUGGAACGACACAGGUGAAUACAUCCUGUCAGGGUCAGAUGAUACAUUUUUGGUCAUCAGCAACCCGUACAACAAAAAGGUAAGUCUUAUAUUGACUAAAGAACAUGGACCGAAAUGAGAUAAUGCACUGUACUUGAAGGAAAAGCAGCUGCACAGCAUUUUGAUCCAUCUUGUCCCACUAUCACUUGCUGUAUUUGCUGUCGAUGUUUUUUUGACACAAAAGGAUUUUAUUAUAAAUCCUCCAAUCAGAAGAAAAUCUGAAUCAUUUACUAAAAACCUUUAAGCAACAAUAAACUGAUGCUCUGAAAAAAGGAUGAAAAAUAACACCUUUUAAAUUAAAAUGUUUUAGAGGAAAACACAGUAAAGUACAUGAUCCAUCUUAUGAUUCUGUGACUCCCUUUCCCUCUUUUGAAAUGAACAUUUUGGUCAUAACAGGUAGAGUUUUGUUCAUGAUCUUCAUUUACGUCCACUUCAGCCAUCUUGUAUGUUUCGUUUUCUUUCUCAGGUCAAAAAGUCUAUUCGUUCAGGUCACCGGGCGAACAUCUUCAGUGCGAAGUUCAUGCCCCACACCAAUGGUCAGGAAAUCGUCUCCUGCUCUGGGGACGGCAUCAUCUACUACACACACACUGAGAAGAGCCCCGAGUACAACAGACAGUGUCAGUUCACCUGCCAUUAUGGAACAGCCUAUGAGGUGCUAAAAAAGGAGAAAUUCCUCGAAGACCACUUGCCUUUUCUCACUCGCCCUGCUUCUUGAGUUUCUCCUAACUCCUCUCUUUUUGUUCUCUCAGAUUAUGACGGUACCAAAUGACCCCUACACGUUUCUGUCGUGUGGGGAGGAUGGCACGGUGCGGUGGUUCGACCUUCGUAUGAAGACGAGCUGCACAAAAGAAGACUGCAAAGAUGUGAGUUGACAGCCUUGAUAUUCUUUCUCUUUCUAUUACUGAUUCACUGAAUCACCGUGUACUGAAACUUGCCAGGUUUCUGCCUGUAACAAGUCCUGAUUUUAAUCAGAAUUUCAGAAACAGGGAAAAACAAUACAAACGUUUGUGUGACACAGAAUUAUUCUAGAGGAGUGCUGUCAUUCAAAUGGGAGUAUAAAUGUUUCAAAAUGUUUGUUUUUGUGAACUUAUGUGAAUUUGAAUUAAAUCUCUGAUAAAUCCAUCAGCUAUCUGAGUCAGGAUAAACUUGAUAUCACCGUGUUGACAGAAAUUCACCUCCCUCAUUUCUUAUAUGAGCUGACAGCUUUCGGUCUCAGGAGUGAUUCAGAAAACAGCUUCACUGGCUACAAGCCAAGCUGCAUCAGAGGGAGCUGAGUGCCAAGGCUGUGUGUGUGUGUGUGUGUGUGUGCGUGUGUGUAUGUUUCUGUGUGUGUGUGUUUGAGAGCAGGGAAAGAUGGGUCCCUCUAGAUUGUGGUGCGUCUUCUCCUCUUUCUCGCCUGAGAUCCGUACCUGUGACCUUAAACAUGUCAGGGUAGUUUUACCAGACUCUGUUACCUCCUCCUCUUAAUUAUCCUACAGCCUGUCAAAGUUACAAACGCACAUACGCAGCAGGGGAAUUAAACACUCAAUAAAGAUCAUUUUCUUAAUUACUCUGUGUAACCUCACUGUUCGAGUCUGGUUGCCUGUGAUCUCUGUAACUGUGAAACCUCUCUCUCAGUUCUUCUUUUGUUCAGUUCUGUUGGAGCUUACUUACCUGUAGGACUCUGACUGUGUUUAUUACUCUGAUUUCAGGACAUCCUGAUAAACUGUCGAAGAGCAGCAACCUCUAUAUCCAUCUCUCCCCUGGUGCCAUACUACCUGGCUGUGGGCUGCUCAGACAGCUCAGUGCGGAUCUACGACAGACGCAUGUUGGGCACUAGAGCAACAGGUAAACUCUCAUACUUUGUUAUUUAGGUGUGGUAUUACUUUGAUUUUGAGUUAUUUACAGUUAUAGAUAAGUGAAGGUGGCAGAUGGAUGCUACUCAGUCAAAGUAGCAGAGCUGUAAUAACAGCAUGUAGGUAAAGACACGUCUUACAGGAGAGUACGGCCAUCAGUGUUUCUCAAAAUCAAAGAUUUAUAAUCACACAGUUUAGGUGCAAAGAUUUACCGUUGGCUCUGAGACUUUGACUCUCUUAUUAGCAUAACAACAUCUCAAUCAGGGACUCUCUUUCUCCUCCUCAGGCAACUAUAUGGGCCGGGGAACGACGGGUAUGUGCGUGAGGUUCGUCCCCACUCACCUGUCCAAUAAGUCGUGUCGGGUGACUUCUCUCUGCUACAGCGAGGACGGUCAGGAGGUUCUGGUCAGCUACUCCUCGGACUACAUCUACCUGUUUGAUCCCAAAGAUGACCAAGCCCGAGAGCUAAAGGGCCCGUCUGAGGAGCGGAGGGAGGAGGUGAUUCAAGCAGCUUUCACGCUCUUCUAUCUAACACCAGAUAGAGCUCUGUGUGUUUCUAGAUGUUUAGACAAAGAUACUUUCACAGCUGAGAGAACUGCAAAGAAAACUUCAAACAUUUUUACUUACAUUUAAAACUCACAGAAGGAGGAAAAGUUAUGAUACAUAAAGUCAGUUGAUCCUUAAAGGUCGGUGUAAAAUGUCUUGUAUCUUCCGCACAUCCAAUCAUUUUUAUGACCUGAUUGAAUGUAAUAUUUUAAUAUUUCACUCAGGACUUUAGGUUGGUCUGGUCAAUGACACCAUCAUCUAUCACUGAUGGCUCUCACACUCACUGAUUACACAGUCUGCUACCCCUGACACAAAGUGAUUUAAAAGCCCUAAGUCCUUGUUUUAUGCCAGACUGAGCUCUUCUUCCUUUUAUAAGUGGCUCGGCUCAGUCUUGGAAAUCUCUCUGCGUUGACUCUUCACCAGUGUGUCGGCCUUGUAUCCAAACAUCAGGUCGUUUCCCUUAAAAAAGUUCCAACCUUUGUGUCUAUUGUGCGCAACCCUUUUAGCCAGUUAGUUGGAAUUGAAACAUGCUUUAAACUUAGAGUGAGACCACUGGAGACAGAAAAUAUCUCUCCCUUACUCAGAUGUACAAAAACCAAACACACAGAGACUCCCACAAAUGAGAAGAGCAGUUUAUGAAAUAGCAUCAUUUCAGCGGAGAGUGUCUGAGCGGCUGACAAACCAAAACCGUGUACAGCAUCUCUCUGCCCUCUUAUUCUGUCACUUCUAGAUUUGGGAGUGUUGCUUAUUUUGUGACCUGACUGACAGAUUCGGUCUAUCAUGCUGAUCCACGCCAGUGCUCCACUCGUACUUCAUUUGUACUCUGAUUUAACAAUCAAACAUGAGUUUAAGUGUUCAAGAGUUUUAGCUCUAAAUAAAAACAGAUGGUAGAAGUCUGUCGCAGAGAAAGGCACAAUCUCUUUGUUAACAUCUUUAGAGCAGUUUGAAUCCCUUUUGUUGCUCGUAGCUGAAUCUUUUAGAUCUGCUUAAAUAGAAAAUAAACACUAGCACAUGUCAUCUGUGCAAACACUGAGUGAAGACACAACAAGGAGCCUUCAGGGGCUCCUCUAAGAGCACUGCAGACAGCAGGGCUAAAUCUGUUCUGGCUGAUGCAGUGCAGCGAGUGGAGCAAAUGACCCUGAAGGACAGAAGAGAGGAGAAAAGAGACACGUCGUCGAGGAAGAAAACACUGAAUUAAAGCUUUAAAAACCUCCUGAUGCAUAGAGUUCUUCACAGCAGUUUUAGUGAGGAGUCAGUUUGAGAUUUAGCUGAAUGACGAGUCAGGUUGAAUCGUAGCGCUCAGAUCCAGUAUUUGUGAGAGCCUAUCUUUGCAUGUGUCUGAAUGUGCUGGAUCAUGGUGCCACUGCUUCAAAGCCUCGUGGUGAGUUCAGCUGUGUCGAGAUGCAUCCACCACACACAUUCCUUUCCAAAUACAGCGACCGACGCACACGGUGUUCCUCUAUCUAUCUAUCGUCCAAAAUAGAUCAGGCUGAGGUGCAGGGCAUGGCCAGGCACAGCCUCAUUACCCCUCUCUCAUUUUCCCUCCACCUGUAACCUCAUUUCUUCAGGGCCCCUUCUCGCUCUGAUUUGCUCUACUAUCUCCCUCAGUCUUGGCUCCUUCUCAACACCUCCAGCCCUUAUCCAGACCUGAUGACAUUUCCUGAGUAGGGCAGUUGAUAGUUCCUGCACUAAGAGUCCCUUUUUCUAUUUCUGGCUCUCAGCCUGUUGCCCUGCAGAGGAGCCAGGGGACUGGAGAGUGAAGGCACCCUCACCGUGCAGCCAGGACAGGACAGGGGAGGGGAGGGGGGAGCAAAUUAAAGAGGACACUGACAGAGACGAGCAGUGUUUUGCUUUGGCAGCAGAGCUAUUUUUGACCAUGCUUUGACUGACAAACUGCUAAUCUUUUUCUGUGUGUGUCUGUGUGUGUCUGUGUGUGUCUGUGUCUGUGUGUUUCCACAGCUGAGGCAGCCUCCAGUGAAGCGCCUCCGGCUACGAGGUGACUGGUCUGACACGGGACCCCGAGCUCGUCCCGAGAGUGAGAGGGAGAGAGACGGUAAGAUCAGAGCAGUCAGUAACACGGCAAACACGUGAGGGUUCGAAGCUAAAGUCACAACUUAAAGAUUCAGACCUCCUGUUGAAUUCAGCAACACCCAAACAUUCAGAAAACCUACAUAUAAACAUAACCCCCAAGUUUUUCCACUAUUACAAUUCUUCCCUCAGGCUGCAUCAACGAAGUUCAAACUUUAUAAAGUCCGAUAUCACAGAAGUAUGUUUUUCUUCUGGGGCUCGAUACUCAAACACAAAAUCGUAAAUGUCUUCAGAUAUAUUUAUACUAUAUAUGUUUUUCACUAUCACAGAUGUCAUUUUCACAGGAGUGGAAAUGGCAAAUAUUUACUCAGUCUGUAUCACACAUUUAGAUGGUCUUCUUUACACUGAGGUCAUGGCUGCACAGAGAAGACUACAAGUCAAUAAUACAGACUCCAUUUAGUGUCAUGAGUGAAACUGGCUGAAAAUAUAGUAAUCAAGGUUUUCCAGAUAAGUUUCUUAAAACAAGAUGAAAUACAAACACUUCAAGGAACUUAUUUAGAUAAUUUUGGUUUGAGAUAUCUUCAUAAAAAGUUUAUGUUUGGACUUGACAGGUCAGUGUAGCCUAAAUGAAAUAAUAUGAGAUAUACUGAUAAGAACUGAGAUCAUUUAUCUUGGUUACUUUGAGUUGUUUCUCAGUGUAGAUAUUUUAUCAGUCAGCUAUUGGAAAGCUUAGGGAUCGUCUUACUCAAUUAAAAACUUUGAAAACUUUUUUUUCAAUUUAACUUUUUAACAUUUUUUUCAAAUUUUCCUUGAAGGAACCUUCCCAAAAGGAUAAAUAAAGUUGUGUUUAAUCUAAUCGUAUCUGAACGAACAAUACUUUCAAGCAAAAAUACACAAGUAGUAUUUAAGUACUGAAGAACUGGUUUUAAAAACUUCUCCAAAAAAUACAAGCAAGCAAAAAAACACUAAUGUGAAUGUGAGCAAAUGUUACUUACAAAAGUUAGUUUUUACCUCUGGAUGUUUUUUUAUGUGAAGCAGCUGGAGAAGCAAAAGAGGAAAUGAUUUGGAGUAAAUUACACAGGGAUAGUAAAAAACAAAACAAAACAGUAUACUGUAGCUCUGGCAAUUAAUCAAAUGUAAGUCAGCAGCCAGUGUCUCCAGAGUUAAACAGCAGCACAGCUCCAUCCACAGAACAAACCGGCGGCUGCACACAUUCAUGAGGAUGCAGAUGUGGGGGCGUGGCGUCUACGGAGUUGAAACAGAAGGGGAGGCGGGGUUGAAGUUGCUUCUGUAUCAGUCUCAUAAUUUACAAAUCUCAGCUUAAAAACUUUUCCUCUGUUUGAAAUCAGGAUUUCUUUCGAUGUCAUUCUGCAGGUACCAGAGCAGCUUCCAGUAAGUUUGGCUCAGCUUGCUCAUAAGGUCAGAACUCAGGGCAUUAAGCCUGGCGUCACAGAGAGAGUCACCAAUGGUUCAAAUGAAAUUCAAAUUCAACCCCUCAACUCACUUCUGAGGCUCCACAACAAUUCUUUGAUUCCUGUUAAAACAUCAGCAGCUGUAAACCUCUGAACAUUUCCCUCCCUGACUCUUGUAGGAGAGCAGAGUCCGAAUGUGUCUCUGAUGCAGAGGAUGUCGGACAUGUUGUCCCGGUGGUUUGAGGAAGCCAGUGAAGCUCAGAGCAGCACCAGAGGGGGGGCUCGACAGACGAGACCCAGAGGUGAGACAACGACUGAUAGAUGAUCCUCCUUUGAAUAAGAAAGUCUCGCACUACUUUACCCUGACUGUGUUUAAUAAGAUGAAGUCAUAACAUUUUUCACAAAUCAUCAUUAUUUUCAUUACAUCAAAUUCCACCUUUAUCACUCCUAUAUACAAUUGACUCUGCAGCUGUCUAAUACUGUAUAGAUAAAGACUGAUUGAUUGAUUGAUUGAUUGAUUGAUUGAUGACACCAGUUUUCAGGGUCCCAUUUUAUCUAAAUGUUGUGAAUCUGUUUUAAAAGUCGUCAGUUUAUCUUCUAAAACUCUGAAUCAUCGUAAUUUUCUUCUUUCAGGGACAUCAGUUCGUCCGGAGGGGCCGUCACUUAGCCCCCCCACAGGAGACCCCACCCAGGACUCCAGCACCCAAGAGAGACCUGCAGGGUCUGACGCCCCAGAGGAACCUCCUGGUCCUGAUGCUGCUGCCCCCAUGCCUAAAUCCACCUCCUCUUCCUCCUCAGGGUCCUCAUCAACUGUCACAGCUCCCCCUCCUUCCAGCUCUUCAUCAGUGGAGAGUUCGGCCCCGUCUUCAUCAUCCCCCCUCACCUCCUCGCCUGAUUCAGAGCAAAGGAGUCAGGCCGACAGCACCGGGACCCCCACACCCACGCCCACACCCACUUCAGAGCCCGCUCUGUCAGGUAUACCACACAGCUGUUACGUCUUUUUCUCUCCAAAACGUUUUUAAGAAAUUCACAUUUUGCUCCCAUUGCAGUGAGUCGGUCUCAGAUCCGUUGUGUUUUUUUUUUUGUCUGUGUCUUCGUUCGUAUUGUGUGUUUGUUGGAGCCACUCCACUCAAGCAGCAGCCUCACUUCAAUCUCUUCCUCCUUCAGCAUCCUCUCAUCGUUCUUCCUCCUCAUCUCUGUGCUCCCUCCUCUCCCUCACUCCUCCCCCCUUCAGUCUUCUAAUCGUGCGUCCCUCUCCCUCUCCUCCUCUCCCCCUCUGUCAGAGUACGGUCCUCACCGGCUGCCCAUAAGUUUAGUGUGUAGGCGUUUGCAGAGGUUACUCCGGCUGGCCGACCCACCAGGACGGGGUCAGCGAGCAGCCCCUUCUUCUUCCUCCUCCUCCUCCUCUUCCUCUGCAGCCCCUGAGAGACAGUCCCAAAGAGCUGCUGGUGCUGCUGCCGCUGCUGCCGCUGAGACACAACCCCUUACAGGUUACCCUCCCCUCUGAGCUCCUCGCCCCCUCCAUGCAGGCUGUACACAUGGCCCCCUUGCUUCCCCCUUUGCCACUCAUCUUAACCCCCCUCUCUGUUCAGAAAAUGGCAGACAUGUUUGUUUGUAGAAAGGCUCCAGAAAGACCUGAUCUUGCUAGAACUAAUCCCACACUGAUCCUCUUUCCAUUCAACAACAAUGCACCUUGAUAUUCGUUAACCUCUGUAGCUGUCACUGUGUCGCCUCUCCUCCUGUUUGCUCAGCCCCUCACUCACUAAUGCUCUCACUCUCAUCGCUCCCCCCCCUGUUGCUUGAGUUUUCACCUGUUGGAGUGGCACCAGACAGUGUGAAGCUCUGCUCUGGCGUCCUCAUGGCUCAUGUUGUUCAUUCAUGUUUGAUGUUACACACACACACACAAACUGAUCAGCUGACUUCACUUAAGUGCUGGACUUGAUUCACUUUGGUUUUGAUCUGAAUCAAAGACGUAAAAAUGCAAGAAAAUAACAACAGACUUAAUCUUCUGUGUGCGUAGUUGUGAUGGCUUUUUGUCAGUCUUGCAAAGUUGGAUAUAAGAAUCAUUAAAUCAAAGCAGGAGUUUUGAGGAUACAGUCUAGACUUGUUGUGUGCAGAGACUAAAUACAAGGCCAGCAUGAGCAAACACUCGGCAAACAGUGACAAGAGAAUAAGAGAAGAUAAGAGGGAUGGAGAGAAAACGCAAACGGGAUAAAUUAUAAUCACAGAUCAUGCAGACUUAAGGCUGCAGCGUCAAUGAAUCAGAAUCAGAAUCUCUUUAUUGUCCCGUAAAGGGAAAUUAGUUUUGCUGCAAGGCUUACAAAAGACAAGUACUCAAUGACAACAUAAAUUAAAAAAACAUUGAACAAUUAAAAACAUAACAACACAAUGUCAGAAACACAGACACAAAACCUCCUAAAAUUCAGUCCAGAGCUCAUACCAAAAAUGGAGAGAAACUACUACCAAGUAAUUAAAAGUGCAAUGUGUGCAAAUGAGCGAUAAUAGUGCAAGACAACAUGAGCAGCCUGAGGGUCAACUGCUAUUCACUAAAUGAAUUGCACUGGGGAUGAAAGAGACCUGAAAUCUUGUAGUCCUCCUCAUAGGGGCCCUAAAACGACGUCAUGAAGGUAAAAGCUCAAACUCGCAUAUAAGUGGAUGAUUGGGAUAACCCAGAAUGGCAUUAGCCUUCCUCAAGACCUGUCUGUUGUAGAGAAACAAAACGAUUGUAUGAUGAUGAUGAUGAUUGUAAAAAUUAGGGUUGGAGUUUUGCUGAUAUUUUCAAACCAGUAUAUCAGCCUGAUAUCAAUACAGAUACUGAUCCAAGUACGUUAGUAGUAUAUUCCUAAAUGCUGAAAGGCUGGUUAUCAAUUCUGUGAUUUUCUUGUGAGGCGCCUUUACCUUUGGGUAUUUUCUGGUGCUCUUCUGUAUUUAUUAGCUCUCUUGAAUUACUGAAGCAGAGACUGCUGAUUUUUCAUUCUUCAGAAACUCUUUUUGAUGUUAAGAAUGGUCGUUUUUGAGAUGCACAGUUCAAUUGGUCGUGGUAGAGGAGUGUUAUAUUGCUCUUCCUCUCUUCGGCUAUACCAGACAAGCAGUCCAAAUGACUAUUUUGCACUACACUUAAAAACACUCCCAUGCAGGCAUCAUGUAAAUUGUUGGUGCAUGUAAGCUUUUCACCUAAAUAGUUAGUCAUUUCACCAGCCAUACAUGUCAGCACCAACAAAUAACUUUUAAAGCUGCCUUCUGCCGAUACCAAUUUUGCGCAUCCAUAUGUGUAGUAUUGACAGUAACAGCAAAGUAAAGAUAACUUAAGUGAACAAAUAUAACUUAAGCAUUAUCAUUUAGAAUAAUUUCAGUACCAGUCUGAGUGGAAAUGGUAACUUCAGCAUCUAUAAUCAUGUGGCUCCAAAAUUCAACAUUAGCACACCACAGACCCACUGCAUUAUGAGAGCCACAUACUUUCACAGAAUCUGUUGUAAAAAUAUCGAUGAGUCAAAUCUGAUGGUGAGUGUUGUCAGAAAUAUCUCACAUUUUGUCUGAAUGAUGCUUUUCAAAUGAAUUUUACAAUACAACUUAAAUAAAUUACUUAUUAGAGAUUAUUCGUAAUUGUGUAGAGUGUAGACCCUGCUUUUUGACUCCUCUAAUUCCUGAAUAUACAUCAUCGUGUGAAUGUCGUAUUUUUGCAAGUAUGAAUGUCAGAAACUUCAAAACUGAAAGAACCAAGAACAGAAAAGAAACCAAGAAAAAUAAAAGCUGUGCUGAAACAAGCAGAGCUUUGACCACAGAGAGGCAGAAACCAGCUCUCACUGAUCUCAGGAUCGACAACAAUCAACCAUCAACUACCUCUCUUCAAAGCAAACCUCAUCUUACAUGAUUUUAGUAUCACUAAGUUUCAGAGUGUUAAACAGCCUCAAAUUUUCUACUGUCUGAAGGUGCUCAAAAAUAAUGCAAGUAUUGUGCUUCCUAUUUGACAGUAUGCAGUCAUAUUUUGUGCUUCAUAGUUGAUUUAUUUUGGCAUUUUUUAAUUAAGAGAGGAUUGUGAUUGGUGAGCACUUUAGUGGAACCCAACGGUUUAUUUCACACACUGGAAUAACAGUUUAUUUCCAGUAUGUUCAAGCAAAGAGCUGUGUGUCUGCGAAAGGCUUUAAUGGACAAGCUAAUAAACCCCAUAAUAGUCAGUGUUUGAGUAAAAGGGUGUUUGCGUUGUUGAUCUUCACCAGGCUGAACUGAUGUGUAGAAGAAAAAUGAAGCUUUUGUUCCACACUCACAAUUUUUAUUCAUUUUUUACACAGUUAAGUGGAAGUGGAAGUAAAGCUAACAUCUCAUUUGAGGUUUUCAAAGAUUAUAAUGAGAUUUAAUGUAACAGCUUAAUCUAUCAGUUGGAGUAUGUGUGGAUGUGUCAUGUUCAUGUUUUGGUUCAGACAUACUAAUCUCUGACUGUACUAAAGCUGCACAUUCAGAAUGAGGAAUAAUCCCCGCUGUAAUCAAAUGAAGCUUUUUUCUCCUGCUAAUGAUUUUACAGCUCUUCCUCCUUCUCCUCCUACUACUACUACUUUGCCCGGAUCAUGUCUGUUUUUUGUUUUUUUUCAACCUGAGUUUAAAGUUUUAACCUCUGUGCGUCUUGAAUGUGUGCGAUUGCUGAGGUUUGACCUCUGUGUCCGAUGUUUGCUCGGUCUCAUUUUUGUUCCAGAUUCCCCCUCAUCUGUGGUAAACAAACAGCUGGGAUCCAUGACUCUCGAUGAACAGCAGGGUGCGUGCCCCCUCUCCUACACCACCCCCACCCUGCUACUAGCUGUGUCUUCUUCACCCUCCCUUACGAAAUAAAGUGAUCAAACCCUUUUGGGAUGCACCGAUGAGACUUUCUCAGUCAUAUUAGUUCCUGGGCUUUUCCUCCUUUUCUCUUAAGAAUCAGAUCCCAAUAAUUAGUGAGAAAAAUUGACACUCAGCUGAUGGAAGAAGUAGCAUUUCCACUCAGAGGUAAACAUAGAAUUAAAUUUGAUAGAUUGGCCCGGGAUAGAUCCAAACAUUAAAGUCAGCUUUGGACCAUUCAGUAUGGGGGUCGGUGCAUCCCUGCUGUGUCUAAGAGUUGUUCACAGUCCGACUUCCAUUGCUUCAAUGUUUUUAUUUCUCUCUGUUCCAACCAGCUUCAGUCUUUCCCUCGAGAACUCUUAAAGUGUAAUAACCAGUGCAGUGAUGAGGUAAUAGAACAGUAUUAACAGUCAUAGAGAGGAUACGAUUAGAUUGAGUCUGUUGUCUGUGAGGGAAACUUCAGGCAUAAACAAACACUAGGCCCCAAAAGCCUGAAUAAUGACAAGGAAACAUCAUUUAGAGGCAUGUCUGCAAAAAAACUAUAUUAGUAAAUGGUAAAAGUAUGAUCAUUUACGACCAGGUGAAGUGAUUUCCAGAUUUUAUUUUAUUUUUCAAACAAAUAGACCUUUAUUUUCUGUUUUAUUCUCUCCAUCAUUAAAAACUAAUUCAAACCACAUCAUCACUGUAGCAGAAAAAGAGUAAAAUGAUUCAGGGCUUUGACUUUUGUGUAUCUUGUGUCCUGAUGUGUGUGUGUGUGUCUUGUUUCUGUGGCUGAUGAUUGUCCUCAUGUCUGUAACAGCUCGUACCUCCACUGUCUGCUUUAUUUAUGUCUGCAGCAUGUGCCCAUUGCUGUUGGGUGUUUCUAACUGACAGGAAAGUGAUGCAACAGAAGUUUGCAUGUUUCCUCUGUGCUUUUGCACCACUAACAACAUGCGAUGAUCAGCAAGGACUGAAACUCUAAAUCAAGCUUGUAAUCAGACCCUCCAACAAAAACAGAUAAAAACAUUUCUCUUCUUCUCCUGUGUGUCUCUCUCUCUUCUCUCAGGAGCAGCAGAAGCUGCAACUUCAUCUACUGAUCAGCCUGUUGCUGUACCAGUCAGCAGCAGCGCUCCAACCACCUCCACCUCCUCCUCCUCCUCUACCACCUCCACCUCCACCUCCUCCAUGCCCAGCACCAGUCGACCCAGUGCAGCAGAGCCAGUCCUCAGGCUGCACUACAGCUCAGAGGGAACCACCACCAGCACCAUCAAGCUGGACUUCACUGAUGAGUGGUGAGAGAUAGACCAAGCACGGAGAGAUGGAACAUAUUUUUGUUGUUGUUGAUUGUUUCAUUUUCAUUUUCAGCUCUUGAUUAAUACAUAAUAGAAAUGUUAAAAGAGGAUAAAUGAUCUAAAUACAAGAAUUACUAACAAUCAAAUUCAGCUGUAAAUCAAGCAGCCAAACCCUGGAGGACUUGGAGCUCCUGGUCACUGUUUCUUCUCCCUCAUCAGGAGCAGCAGCACAUCCAGCUCACUGGGCAGUGGAGGAUCCAAAACAUCUGAGGCUGUGACUGUCCAAAACAAAGAGAGCGUGUCUUCAGACACUUCAGUGUCAGAGCAAGGUGAGCUCUGCUGUGAAAAAGGGGGUAUGUCCUUUUUAACUCCUGCUCCUCCUCUGAAAGUUUACAGCACUGAUGGAUGUUGUUGAUGUGGUCAGAAACAUGCAGGGUUGCACCUUUCAUCACUGAUAAGAGGCUGAUUGGAGAACUCUGACCAUCACUGUAACACCUUAUGAAGUUAUCAGUUCAAUAAGAAUUAAACUGGAUUUGUGACAGACUUUAAACUCAAUUAAACUCCCUCACAGCUGUUUUAAGUUUCUCUUCAACUGAAGUUCCCAAAAUUGCUUAAGCUGCAGAUUUUUAAAAAGACACACAUCGAUAAAAAAGUGUUUAAAGAGUUUUUUGGCUUCAUUCACCAGCAUCUAUCGUCUUACCUUUUCCCAAAAUUUUUCUUCCUAGAGCUCAUAAAGAAAAUCAAAAUCAGAUUCAUGAAUUUGCUCCUAAACUGCAGAACAUUUCACUUGUGUACUCUUUGAUUUGAUGCAGCCACUUCCUCUAAAGUUUGAUGCCCAUAGUCCUCCUUUAAAUGCCCAUAAAGGGGCUGUAAGAUGUCAUAUUAGUGGGUCUGAAAUACGCUCUACAAACGGACUCAAAUCGGCUCAACUUUAUUUGUAAAGCACUAAAACAACCACAGCUGAACAAAGUGCUGCACAUAAAUAGACAAAACAAUGCAGACAUAAAAACAAUCAAAAAAAAUUUUAAAACAAUGGAUAAAAUAAAAGCAGAUAUUAAAAAGUUAAAUAUAUUUUCAAUGUUUUUAAAAACUUAUUUAAAAACAAUUAAAACAAUAGAUAAAAUAAAAGCAGAUAUUAAAAAGUAAAAUAUAUUUUCAAUGUUUUUAAAAACUUAUUUAAAAACAAUUAAAACAAUAGAUAAAAUAAAAGCAGAUAUUAAAAAGUAAAAUAUAUUUUCAAUGUUUUUAAAAACUUAUUUAAAAACAAUUAAAACAAUAGAUAAAAUAAAAGCAGAUAUUAAAAAGUUAAAUAUAUUUUCAAUGUUUUUAAAAACAAUAGAAACAAAUAACUAAAAACAAACCAUAAAACACUAAAACAGAAGCCGAGUCUCAUGCAGGGUUGAAAACCAAUAAAUAAAAAUGGGUUUGAAGACGAGAUCUAAAAAUGGACGCACACAGACACAUGAUACGGAAAUAAAGCAGUCUGAUCUCAAACCUAUGGGGAAAAAUAACAAAAUAUAGAAGAGAGAUGCUGAUCAGAUUACAUUUUUGAAGAACUUUUAUGUCAUGAAGGCACAUUUAUUCUGAAAAGUAGCAGUUGUAAAACAAUUUAAAAAAUGAUAUAUUUGUCAUUUAAAUCCCAGUUUUUUAGUUGUUGUAGAUAAGUUUCUUAUGUUGGAAAGCUCUUUGACUCAGGUGGUUUUAAAAGGGAUCUCCUCUCAGAAUGGUUGGUGAAUAAAGCAGGUUGAUAUCUUACCUUCAGCUCAAAGUAUACAUCACCAAAAGACUUAAUGUCGUUGCUCUAAAGAGGAUGAUAAACAUUUGGAAACAUGCUGAUCCCUUCAUUAUACACCUUAAUCAGUGAAUAAAUGACAGUCAAACAAACAUACUAAUAUAUUCAUACUUUCACCCAGCAUGCCAAGAGUCCUCAGGGCCACAAAGUGCGUCUGCCGCCUCCACAGACCCACCCUGUGACGCUCCCUGCUCCAGCGGCUCAUCAACUCAAGCCCCCGCAGAGAGCCCCUCAGAAGGCGGCACCACGGCGACUUCAUCACAAGAGAGGAGUCAGCCGGAGGGUACGGAGGACACAUCAGGAGGCUGCAGGAGAGCUGAACCCACUGUGAGAGAGGAGGAGGGAGGGGAAGGUCAGAGCCAGCCUGCAAGAGGAAACCAGGACUCUGACGACAGCGACGACGACCCCAUUCUCAUCCCGUCAACAAGAUUCAGAGGACAGGGACAGAGGUACAUAAAACAACAGCAGCCAUGUUUUUUUUAAAGCAGGUUUAAUCUGCUUUAUAAAAAAUCUCCUCUUUAUUUAAAAUGAUACUUUAAAGGGUGGGUUCUGUUUCUGUUAUCUUGUGAUGACUGUUUCACUACAAAUAAAGAUUUAAUUCCAGAGGAUCUGCUGUAGGAGAUAGGAUGAUCAGGUAAUGACUCUUUUUUUGAGCUGGUCGAUUGAAGCAUCUAACCCGUCAGGCGUGUGAUGUGGAGCUUCGAAACAGCACUUCAUGAUGUGUGUAGUAUGAACACAGAGGGUGUGUUUUCACCUGUAGAGGACUAACACACAUACACAAACACACAGCUAACUGUAGAUCUGGAGUGAUGUGCAUGUGAGUACUGACUCCACUUAGUGUGUGAGAAACAGCAUCGAGCAGCAUUUUGAAGAUUGUUUAAAGAAAGGAAAUGAAGAAAAUGUAGAAAAGGUGCAUGAGAUCGCAGCAGAAAGGAAGUAAAGGUUUAAAUUCUCAUUUUUUGGUUUCUAUGUCGGGUUUAAUUUUACUGCUGUGUCUCCAUCGGACAGGAUUUAGCAAAAACUCUAAGAGCUUUGAUCAGUUACGAUGUUUUGCUUUGCCUGCUCUGUUUGAUUUUGGGUUGACUCAAUGAUACCAGCAUACGAUUCACUCGAGCUUUGAAGCAUGAGGUUUACAAGCAUCAGUGACAGCAUGGCUUUGUGUUGUUAGUUACAUUUGUAAAGGCCACAUAAUCACAUGCACUUUUUUUCCCUUUCGCAUCACAGGCGCUCAGCAGCUGCUCGAAUCCAGGAGCUGUUUCGCAGGAGGAAAGAGAGGAGGGAGAUGGAGGAGAGCGAGACGCAGAAUAUCAGGAGGCCUUCAGUCAAAAUGGUCUACAAGGGCCAUCGCAACUCAAGGACAAUGGUACAACUCCAGGAAUUUACAUUAUGAGCUGGGAUGAGCUGUUUAACUCGAGGGAAAUCAGGUCAUUUACUCCCUUGAAGAAGCAAAGAUGGCGACUAACUACAUGGUGGUGCAUGAAGUAUGAAACUGGAACAUGGGGCUGACUUAGCACAAAGAAAGGAAAGGAAUCAGGGCAGUAUUUAACUUAAGUCUGUCAACACUCCUGAAGUUCAGAAGUGUACUUUUUGUCUUGUUUGCUUUGCACACAGAGCACUGAAAAUAAAACAAAUUUCGGUUUUAAAGGGAAACUACUUAGUGCCAGUGUUUUUGGCAAAUAACCUCUUAUAGUCUAGAUAUCGUUGUCAAUUUAAGGGUUGUGUCCCAUUUGUAGCAUCAAAUCACAAAUCAAAGCUUAAAUUGUCAAAGAAAUAAAAAUGAUAUAAUGUAAACAACUUGGACAUUAGAAGAAUGAGAAAUUAUCUUUUAAAAUUUUAUUCACACUUGGCAUCUCAUUGUUAUCUCACAUAUCGUCACCUUCUUGAAAUAAUGGUCUAUGUCACUUUUUGAAAAGAAAUUGCUUUUUUUCCCCCUAAGUCAGUCCUUGAUGAUGCUGCCCAUCUCUGGUAGGAUUGCCUAAAUCCUAAAUUGAACAGAUCAUGUGGAACUAUCUCUGUAGUAUUAUCACCUAUGUAAAGAGUGUGAGUUUGUCCAUUUUUUGAGAGUAUCCAGAAAAUUCCUGAAAAACUUGAUCAUUGACUUAGACCAGUGGUUCUUAAGUCUAGUCCUCGAGGCCCGCUGUCCUGCAUGUUUUGGAUGUUGCCCUUCUCUAACACACCUGAUUCAAAUGAUCAGCUCGUUAUUAAGCCAUUACAGAGCUUGAUAACGAGCUGAUCAUUUGAAUCAGGUGUGUUGGAGCAGGGAAACAUCCAAAACAUGCAGGACAGUGGGCCUCGAGGACUAGACUUAAGAACCACUGACUUCUUAGGCCAUUACUUUAAGAGGGGGAUGAUAUUCAACAUAUUUAUUCACAACUGGGUCUCAAAAUGUACGAAUCUACUGCAGCUGUUUACAUACAGAACAUAAAAAAAAACAACUUUGAACAGGUGGAGAUUGAUCUUGUAUUUGCAGCUCAGUUAUUCAUUUAAGAAAAUUGUUUAAAUCAAACCUACAGGGAAGUUAUUUGAACGACAUAAACUGUGUUUGAGGAAAGACGUGUUCAGAAGGAGGGGGCGUUAAUGAGCUGUACUGCAGCCAGACAGUAGGGGGAGCUCUAAUGUUAUGACAACAUCUCUGGAGGGCUUGUAAAUACUAAUCUUUUUUGAGAGUUAGCCAUGUAACUCUGUAACUUUGCCAGCUUAGUCAUGCUGUAGUUUAUAACACACUGUAGGCCACUAGAAUAAAAAGUAGGACACACAAACCUACAAGUUUGUCAUGCCUGUUGAUUUUUAGUUUACCAAAAGAGGAAAGCAAAAGGAAGCUUGUCUCCUAAAAUGUCAAACCAUACCAUCUUUAGAGAGUUUAUGGGUGUUUUUGUGUCUUCUCUGUGCAGAUAAAGGAGUCCUGUUUUUGGGGCAACAACUUUGUGAUGAGCGGCUCCGACUGCGGUCACAUCUUCAUCUGGGACAGACACACAGCGGAGCACCUCAUGCUGCUGGAGGCUGACAACCAUGUGGUGAACUGUCUGCAGCCUCACCCCUUCGACCCCAGUGAGUCCUUCUUCAUCAUCUCUCAGCAAAUGAUAUGAUGAUGUUUUCUUGUUUAUUAAUCUUAUUUCUGUUUAUCCUCCUGUUUAUUCAGUUCUAGCUUCUUCAGGGAUAGACUAUGACAUCAAGAUUUGGUCUCCACUGGAACAGUCGCCAUCUUUCAACAGAGUCCUUGCUAAUGAGGUAAGACGUCACGGGUCACAUUCUCCUUUUUUCGUCACAAGGUUUUUAUUUAUUUAUUUAUUUUUUUUUCAUAAAAUUUAGCUGAUAGCCAUUAAAUUAACAAUAACAAUGAUCAUAUUAGUGGAUCGAUUCUAAAUCUGUGAUCACCUCCUUUCUCACUCCAAACCUGUUCUCCUUUCCUCUCUGUUUUUUUCUGAUUUCCUUUCCUCUCUUCCUCUUUUCUGUCAAGGUAAUAACUCGAAAUGAGCUGAUGCUGGAGGAAACCAGGAACACAAUCACAGUCCCGGCUUCAUUCAUGCUCCGAAUGUUGGCCUCCCUCAAUCACAUCAGAUCAGGUAUUCACAAUUUCACUUUUUUUGAAAUACAUAAACUGUAUAAAAAUCGAACCUGUUGUCACUGCUGUGAUUUUACUCUUGCAGAUCGGAUAGAAGGUGAUCGCUCCGAAGGUUCAGGGCAGGAAAAUGAGGACGAGCAGUAACCUGCUGGCAUUUUAUUUUAAAGAAGACAUUGUUUCUUUUGCUGUAAAGCACUUGGAAAAAACCUGAGAUUUGUACGAGUAUAGUGUAGAAUACUUCCUUUUGAAAACUAGUAUUAUUUCUAGCCCCCUUGUGUUUUUUAAGAUGACUUUCUUACUGAUGUUUCUGUAUGAGGAUAAACUACAUUUGUGUGAAUGGAACAAGCAAGGACGUCAGUAUAUAUAUAUAUAUAUAUAUAUAUACAUAUAUAUAUUAAGUGUGAGAAUAAUGGCGGCUUGUGUGCAAGGAUGUUAAGUGCAAUAUUAUUUUGUUAGGAGAAAGUGAGCUUUGAUCAGUGUUAAUGUGUGACAUUUGAACUCGUAGCACAAAGCUAAGAGGUGUUGGUGUGCUGCUUGGGCAGUUUGGUAUGUAAACAAGGACUUUAAGUAAAAACCUGCUUUGAGGAUGCUUUAAUUUUUUUGAGGGGGAAACAAACGGGACAAAGCUGUGGCUCUUCUCCUCAAAGGAACUUGUCAUUGAGUUAUAAUCUUUACAGAAAAUGGAAAAAAUAAAGCGAUGGCAUCUCAUAGAUGUCUGCACUUGAGCUUGAAAGAAAAAAGUUUGAGAAGUCUGUGCAUUAAACAAAUUCAUUGAAAAUCACUGCAGAAAUAAAAAAAAAUCCAAUCUGUU